GCUGGGCCUUGCCGCUGUCCAAAAGCUUUGUUCCACCAAAAAAAAAGAAGAAGAAAAAGGGGAAAAAAAGCCCAUUUUUAGAGAGAGAGAGGAAUUGGAGAGAGAGAGAGAGAGAGAGAGAGAGAGAGAGAGAGAGAGAGAGGAAUUGAGGUUGAAAGUGGAGCAUUGCCGGCCAGUCUUAGCAUCACAUUCACAUACGUAAAGUGGCAUUUCCAAGGGCGACCAUUUUUUCUCUUCUUCUGUGGAGGAACCGAAGCGGCCGUCCGAUAACCGUUUUCCGGCCAACUCAUCGGAAUAACGAAGAUUGAUACCAAACCGCUCGGAAAAAAUGGCGCUCAAAUUCCAUCCUCUCACCUCUCAAUCCCCCAAGCUCCCUUCCUUUGCGCUGCCGCAGCUUGCCAGUCUCAGAUCUCCCAAGUUCCUUAUGGCCUCCACUCUCCGCUCCACCUCCAGGGAGGUUGAGACCCUUAAGAAACCUUUUAUGCCUCCUAGGGAAGUGCAUCUUCAAGUAACUCACUCAAUGCCGCCCCAGAAGAUAGAGAUGUUUAAAUCUAUGGAGAAUUGGGCUGAAGAGAACAUUUUGGUUCAUUUGAAGCCAGUGGAGAGGUGUUGGCAACCACAGGACUUUUUGCCAGAUCCGGCAUCCGAUGGAUUUCACGAGCAAGUCAUGGAGCUUAGAGAGAGGGCAAAGGAAAUCCCGGAUGAUUACUUUGUCGUUUUAGUGGGAGACAUGAUUACAGAAGAGGCCCUUCCUACUUAUCAGACAAUGCUGAAUACCUUAGAUGGAGUCAGGGACGAAACAGGAGCAAGCCUCACUUCUUGGGCGAUUUGGACAAGGGCUUGGACUGCUGAAGAGAACAGGCAUGGGGACCUACUAAAUAAAUACCUUUACCUAUCUGGGCGAGUGGACAUGAGGCAGAUUGAGAAAACAAUUCAGUAUUUGAUUGGAUCAGGAAUGGAUCCAAGGACUGAAAACAAUCCCUACCUAGGAUUCAUCUAUACCUCAUUUCAAGAAAGGGCAACCUUCAUCUCCCAUGGGAACACUGCCAGACAAGCAAAACAGCAUGGAGACAUAAAGUUGGCUCAAAUAUGUGGAACAAUUGCAGCCGAUGAGAAGCGACACGAGACUGCUUAUACAAAAAUUGUCGAAAAGCUCUUUGAGAUAGACCCUGAAGGAACUGUCAUAGCCUUUGAAGACAUGAUGAGGAAGAAAGUCUCAAUGCCAGCCCAUCUGAUGUACGACGGGCGUGACGACAACCUGUUCGAUCACUUCUCGGCUGUUGCACAGCGACUGGGGGUCUACACAGCCAAGGACUAUGCAGACAUAUUGGAGUUUUUAGUUGGGAGAUGGAAGGUGGAAAAGCUAACAGGACUCUCAGCUGAGGGGCAGAAGGCUCAGGAUUAUGUGUGUGGGUUGCCUGCAAGGAUUAGAAGGCUGGAAGAAAGAGCUCAAGGGCGGGCGAAAGAAGCCGCUACCAUUCCGUUCAGCUGGAUCUUCAAUCGGGAGGUUAAGCUGUAGUAGGGUUGAAAGGCAGAAGAAGAAGUGCAUGGAAGAAUCUCAGAAUCUCAGAGGUUUUAAUAGGAAAAAGAGCAGAAAUCAUCAUUUGGGUGUGUAGUUUUAAUCUGUUUAAGAACCAAUCUUAGUAUCAUUUUCUUUGCUCUAUUUUGAACAACCCCUCUCCCUCCCUCACUCAAAAAAGAAAAAAGAAGAAGAAAUGUGUGUGUGGACUGUAGAUAUAUGAUUGUGCUUUGGUCAAUUAGAAAUAGAGGUAGGAAGUUCAAGUCAGUGUUCUUUCUGUUUGUGGUUUUACUUUUUUUGAGUCAUUUAUUUUCCACUCUCCUACUGUAAAAUCUGUUUCCGAGUGUAACAAAACAAUCUACAAUUUUGAUCAUAAAAAUUCUCCCUUGUUUUCUCCA